AUGUCAGGAUCUUCUCUUGAAUCAUGGGCUGUCCCUCGACUUGCUAGACUCCUUCCGUUGGACGAGGAGUCUCUCAAACAGGUCAUAUCAUAUUCAUCCUCGCUUUCCAAAGACGAGUGUGCAGUGCAUUUGAGAAACCUGUUGGAUGAUUCCCCAGCAGCUCUCGAGUUUAUAUCUGCAUUUAAUUCACGACGUGGCCAGUCGGGCCAGCAGAGCAGCAAUAGCAGCAACGGCCAAGGAGGCAGGAGUGGACAGAUACCCAAGAAACCAGCAGGAACGAAAUCUCAGAGGGGUGCUUUGAAACCUCCACCUACCGCCAGGCAACCGGAAGGUUAUGGAGAUACCAGCGGCGGUUAUACUAAGCCGCAGAGGGAAGAGAACUACAUGGCUAGUAGUAGCGCCGUAGCCAGAGGUGCUUCAGAGAGCAUAUCACCAGGAUCGUCAUCGAGAAACCCAUCACCAGCCCCCUCGCAGUCGAAGAAUAGGCUGCCUCCAUCUGCUACUGGCCCCAUGAUAUCAGAAUAUCUACCAAACGUUCGGUCAAAAAAAGUUCCGAAGAAUUUCGGACAACAUAAUACUGCACCGUCAUCAUCGAGCAAUAACACUGCGCAGAAAAAGACUGGCCGUACAGCUACCAGCAACAACACCACUACUACCACCACUACUACAAAUAAUAUAGCUGAUAUCACAUCUGCAAUUGCGGCAUUGGAAAUACUAACCUCGAACCCUUCGAAAACCCAGGCACGCAAGUGUAACUGCAAUGCUUCCAUCCAUCCUCUCUUCGCACCCGCACCAAACUGCACUUCGUGUGGGAAAAUAAUAUGUGCUCUGGAAGGCAUACAGCCAUGCUCAUUCUGCGGUACCCCAAUUCUCUCCAGCGAGGAGGUCGAAGAUAUGAUCCGGGAACUACGAUCUGAGCGUGGCAAUGAAAAGAUGAGAGCUCAUAAUGACAGCUUCCGCCGGGAUGACCACGUCCCAGCCGUCACUCGACUAAGUAGCGAAAGCAACCAAAAGUUGACCGCUGCAAAGGCUCACCGUGACAAGCUUCUCUCUUUCCAGGCGCACAAUGCACAAAGAACUCGGAUUUUAGACGAGGCGGCUGAUUUCGACAUACCAACUUCGUCGUCGACACAGUGGAUGACCCCAGCCCAGAGAGCACUGGCGCUAAAGAAGCAACAGCGCAUGUUACGAGAGCUGGAAGAGCAGUCCAAACCAGAGUGGGAGAAGAAGAAUGUAGUGAUGAGUCUGGAGGUGAAGAAAGGGAAACUCGUUAGGACGUACGAGAAAGCAGAGCAGCCAAGGGUGGAAGAUACCGAUCCUGAUGCCAUCGCAGAAGAGGCAGUCGAGGAUACGACAGAGUCUCCUGAGCUGUCCGUAGGAGAGGGAACCUUCUCCAACAACCCCUUGCUAAAGGGUGCCGGCCUGGUCAGGCCUACGUGGAAACCAUCCGGCGAAGGCAGCGACAGGCCUCCCGUACGAAGGAGAGAGCAGAAGCAGACCUGGAGACGAGUCCAGGAUGAUAACGACGACAACGAACAGUGGAUUCUUGACGGUGGUCUGCAUGGCCACAAGCGUAAAAAGAAAUAUGCCGUCGUAUUAAUAACUGUCGGCAGGGCCUUUGAUCUCGCAUUACGUAGCAUCAACUUGCUCGUUAAUUAUUUCUUCUUCUUCUUCUUCUUCUCCUUGUUCUUCUUCUUCUUUAUGUCAAAGCGUGGGAAAUGCAACCGGUUUGAUCGCUUCCUGCAACGUCACUCUCUUCUCCUACCCCGUCGCUGGGCAAACUGGGGCCUAUUCCCAUCACCCUCCGGCCGCUGCGAUGUCAAUGGCCGCGCACAAGUGAUCAGGGACACAAAAAGACACCUAUUGGCCCUGCAGUCACAGCAGGACAGGAACAACGAGCCAAUCUCUCUCGCUGCCUGGGGUUUUACCUCGGGGCGUUUUCCACGGGUCCAACCCGGGCGUGCCAACCCUUAA